AGCCAACAGUAAUGUGAUUUAUUUUUUUUGUAUUUUCCAUUCUUCCACAUUUUGUUUAUUGAAUAAUAAGGACUGUUAUAUAUCGUUUUUGAAAAAUCUGUGUUUUUUUUCAUCUGCACCAUAUUUUCUAGCAACAACAACUCAAACUCCAGAUGCAGUAUGGAAUAUGAAUGGAUGGAUCAAACAGAGGACAAAACCAGCCCUGUGUUUACAGCUCGCCAUAUGUUUCCAGUUUGUGUGAGUACUGCUGACAUGCUGAGAGCCGUAUCUGAGACCACCUAGUGAUGAUAUAAUUAUCCGAGACAGGAUGUGCAGUAGAGGGGAUCAGAGCCCAGGGGACUCUCCCUCGAUGCAGUAAUGUAAUCACCUGACUGAAGUCAUCAGAGGGAGAUCUAACUACUCUACUCUGACUCUCACAGUCUGAGAAAGCAACAAAAAUAGAAAGACGUCUACAUUCUUUUAAGAUUCACUAAAUCUGUUGUGCUUAACUUAAAUAUCCAAACCUUAUUCUUACUGUGUAUUCUGAGGCCUUUUUUAUGUAUGAAUGUAUUCAGACAGGGCUUCAAUAUUUAAUAAUUAGUCCCUCGCAUUCAAAGAUCUUGGUUGUAUUAUGUAAAAAUCAGGACUUUUAAAGGAAACAUAACAAUAUUUCAUUUUAAAGAAAAUUUCAAGUUAUAUAUCGUUUUAAUGGUCAGCGUUUGGACCUUGAGAGACCUGUACUUUGGCCUAUGAAGGCUUCCGUUGGACUUGCCUACCAGGACUUGAGACUUCUUUGGAUUUCUUCCAAAAUACUUACAUUUGUCUUGUUGUUUUCAUGCACUAAUUGAUUUCUUCUUCUUCUUCUUCUUUCUUUUUUUUGGGAAAAAAAACCUAAGAAAUGUUUCUUGUUAUGGAAACACAAGAACAAAAGGGAAAAUGCAGUUUGAGCUGCUGAUGAUCUGCACACAACAAGAUUAACACCUAAUUACCUAAUAAACAGAUGUUUUAUUGAGGACUCCCAUUAAAUAACAACUAGGCUAAAUAAAUAAAAUUAUAUAUAAUUAUAAUUACUAAUGCUAUAAAAUAAACAACAUUGAAAUAAAACAGUCUCUGCUCUAAUAUAUUAAUAAGAUGGGGUAUUAAUAGUAUAACAGUAUAAACUUGGUCACAUUGUUUCGUGUGACUUUUGCUUGAAAGCAGCCUCGUGGCUCUGCACUGACACAGUGUGGUUGCAGUAACCGGGGGCCACCGGGGGCCCUCUCCACUUUAACAGGCGGUCUGUGCCUUUUAGGUGACGGGGAGCCGUGUAACAUGAGUCGGGAUGAAAACUGUGCGCCGGAUCCUUCUGCCAGUGCAGAUGCUGGUAAGAGAGAGAGGAGGUGCAUGAUGGAUCCCGUCCCACUGCUGCUCAUCAUAGUCACAUCUUUACCAUUUUGCUCGGCAGUCUACGAAGGGCCCCUCCAACCGGAGAUCUCUAAUGGCACCUUCCAUCACUUCUUUGUCCCGGACGGGGAUUACGACGAGACCGAGGACCCGGAACAGUGCCAGAUGCUGUUUAAAUUCUCGGAUGUGUAUCCAUGUGGGGCCUCCGAGGAACGCGACUCCGUGGUGCGAGACGACUUCAUCAUCACCAAGCUGCAGGCGGAGGACUCGGCGCGGCUGCUGGAGAGCAUCGGCCGGACUGUGGCGCACGACCUGGACGGAGAGGACAGCUACGGCAAGUUCCUCCAGCGGGAGAUCUCCCAGAUCGGCGAGGCUUUUUCAAACGUGGACAAGUCUCUGCUGGAGCUGGAGGUGAAGUUUAAACAAAGUCAAGAAACCGAGCUGAGAGAGGAGCAACAGUUGAACGGCUAUGUAGUGAAGCAAGUGAGUGACAUCAGGGACGCUCUGAGGGAGACUACGGACAUCUCUCUGGGACUUAAAGAUAAACACGAGCUGCUUACUCUCAUUAUCCGCAGCCAUGGCACCAGACUGAGCCGCCUGAAGACCGAGUAUCUUAAUUUUGGCUCAUAGGGGCUUCAUGUGUGUAUAACUGUGUCUCUGUGUGUGUGUGUGUGUGUGAGAGAGAGAGAGAGAGAGAGAGAGAGAGAGUAAGGACCCUCCAGUUCAACAAACAACUGGAAAGUUCAUUGUGGCUUAUGAAUAUCCCUCAUAAGUAUUUGAAUAUCUCUGACCUUUUGGUUAUUCCCAUUCCUUGGAACUUGUGUCAUUAAAGGGAGCUCUAACAAAAACAUCAACACAUUCCUCUGAGUCAGGAAGGAAAAAGGAAAUGUGAACAUAAAUUAUGUCUGCGAGGAACCCUCUGUGCCACUUCUGAGGAGGAAUUUUAUCCAGUAGAAAGUUAUGAAAAUAAAAGUCGUCCAGUUGGAUUUAUAGGCUUCUGGAUCAGUAAAACGACCAAACUUUCUGUCUGUACGGUUCAAAAUAUGAUGUUUACAAUUUUAGGUUAUUAUAACUGAUUAAAUAAAAGCUUAAUUUUCAUCAUA